AUGUCAGAUUCAGCGGUGGCCGUGCCCAAGCCGGUGAAUCCGCGCUCAAUAUUGCCGUCACCAAAGCGAUACAUCGAGCCCUUUGUCCUUGUCGCAUCCUCCUGCUCGGCUAUAGCAGCUCGAUUGUGCACACAUCCUCGUACGUGCCUCUCCACCGCCGAUCUGCUCGGGAACCCACCCUGCGAAGCUCAUUCCCCGAUGUUCCCCCUUUCACGGCUCGGUUACAGUGGACACACUUCGCAUUCGAAUCCAAACCGCACCGGGAAGGACAGUACCACCUCUCAAGGAGCUUAUUCCCCAACCGAGGGUGAAGACGUUGUAUGCUGGUCAGUCAUGAGCUUCUCGCAGCUCUUUCGAGGCGAUCCCGUCUAACUGGAGUCGACUCGAGUUCUUGACUUGGCAGGUCUUCCGGUCGCGAUCGCCUUUUCCGUUCCGGCGCUUUCGGUCUAUCUCAUGACGUAUGAAGGUCUGUCGUGAUCGUGUCGUACAGCUCCGGAAGAAUUGAUUUGCUGACGUUCUCGUCGUUCCUCUCGUUUCAGCCUCGAAACGAUAUCUCGCCGAGCAACUCUUGCCGCCCGGCGUCAAGCCGACGGUCUUGCAACAGAUGCCCGUGUUCAUGCUAUCUGGACUGGCAGCCGAAUGUGAGACUUAUCUCGAGUCGUGAAAGUCGUUGACGACGAGCGAACAACUGAAUUAGGUCGAAACACCUCUUUCACGGAAUGAUAGUCGCCUCCGGAGCUAUCUGGACACCGAUGGAUGUGAUGAAGGCUCGAUUACAAAAAGGUGGUGAAGGGACAACAUCCGCUUCAAAGCUGCUACGCAAGAUCUGGAAGGAGGAAGGGUACCGAGGUGAGCGAUCAAUGGACUGAGCCGCGGCUGGAUUCGACCGCACGUGACUGACAUUGGCGCUUCGUCAUGGUGGCCCCACAGGUGUCUUCCGUGGAUAUUGGCUGUCGAACGCCAUUUUUGUGCCUUACAUUUCACUUUAUUGGUUCCUCUACGAGUCGUUUAAGCUCCGCUUCAUCCCCAACUACGACCCCUAUCACACCAACAACUCCGCACCAACCGCAGAGACGACUUCAAGUGGUGGUCUACCACUGACGGCAAGAUACACCUUAUGCUCAGUCUCGGCGUGCGCCAUGGCCGUAAGUGUAACGAACCCCAUCGAGCUGGUGCAGUCGAGGUGGCAGACGAGUCGGGGUUUGGCUAGGGAUGGGAUCGGGGGGAUCGUCAAGGAGCUGUGGAGGAUGGGCGGGCCUAAAGCGUUUGCUCGGGGUUUGGGCAUCAGGAUCGCUUAUGCGGUGAGUCAGGGCUGUGGUUGAUGGUAUCAUUCUCAUGUAUGGGAGAACUGAAUGAUGUUGUUGGCAUUCCAGAUCCCGUCCAACGCCAUCUCGAUGACGACGUACGAGAGCAUGAAGCGAUGGAAGGGGAUAUGA